AUGGCGGCCAGUAUCAGUUUGAGAGAUGCGAAAAAAGCCCUCAAGAAAUAUCUUCCUUACAGCGGUUUAGUAGGUUACUCUGUACUUGGACUUCAUUCAGCGAAGAUCCGCCUGGAAGAAUUUUUUAUCGGCAAGAGUGCCAGACCAGUUGUUUUCCACGGAGCGUUGGUUUUGUCAAGCAUUGGGAUAGCUACGUAUUUGUAUGACCGACCUGUAUUUGAUGUCAUGAGACCUCCCAAGUCCAAACGUCUUUUGUGGAGCUUGUUCGGUACUUGGAUGUUCAACUUUGGUUCCUUAUUGCUUUGGGCGAUUUGUAAAGAGAUGUGUCCCAAGAACAGAUUGAUACGAGCUGUUUUGGUCUUGUCCUCUUGCGCUGGGGUCGUGUAUGUUGGCACUGAUUACUUACAAGCAGUGGACAAACUUCGAUUAGGGAUUAUUGCGGAACGAGAAGAAGGCGCCAUUGAACUUUAA